AUGCCUCUCAUUUACGGCUCACUCGCCAAUGGAGUCACCGCGGAGUCCAAUGGCCCACUCGUUGACCACAAACUCAUCACUCAAUUAGAUCCACAGUUGGCUUUAAAUCCGUUGAAAGACUUGAAGUCAAGACAAGAGUUACUAAUAAAGAGAAUACAAGCGUUGGAGGAAGCGUUGGAUUCGACCACAAGAAGCAACACUUCCGGUGAGGACUCACACAAUAAGCCCUUAAACAAUGUGAGCACCACUUCCUCCUCAGUCGGAUGCAGUGAUGAAGUGUUGGAUACAAUGAAAGAUGUGGUCAUCUAUAGUAAUAUCAAUUCCAUACCACUUUCGGUGUUGUCUGUAAUCAAACUGAUGAGGAGUUUAGGUGUGAAAGUAUUGACCAAAUUUUACUUCCACUCGAGUCUCAAAUGGACGUCUGAUUCACAUUCAGAUUAUUUGAACAAAACGUUGUCUUUAAUUGACUUCAACUCCACUUCAGAUGAGAGUGGAGUCGAGAAGCGUUUGGAUAACCACUUAAUCAUAAGCUUUAUAUUCAAAGAGAUUAGUGAACACCAAAUGAUUGUCACUUCAAACCAAUCGAUUCCUAUCGCAAGCGAAGCGAAUAUUUUGCGAUUUGUGGCCAGAAUUGGGGCUAAACUGAGACCAGAAUUGAGUUCUCUAUACGAAGGCAUUGAAGACAUCUCCAGACUAACAGUUGUCGACAACUUUGUCGAUGAAAUCAAUACUAAACUAUAUGUUGAGUCCGACAAACAAAGUGAGUAUUACUCACAAUUGGAUUCGCAUUUGUCUCGAAACAAGUAUUUGUCGGCAAUUAGCCCAUCGAUUGCCGAUCUCUUGCUCUUCAGUCGAUUGAACCACAGAUCAGACAAACGAAAACUUUCGACUAAUUUGGAGAAAUGGCUUCAAUCGAUGAGACAAUUCAUUGGCGCUAAUUCCGCGAAGCCGUCGACGCCGUGGUGUUGGUACUGCAAUCGCGAGUUCGAUGACGAGAAGAUACUGAUCCAACACCAGAAGGCAAAGCACUUCAAGUGUCACAUCUGCCACAAGAAGCUGUACACCGGACCCGGUCUGGCCAUCCAUUGCAUGCAAGUGCACAAAGAGACCAUCGAUAAGAUCCCGAACGCAUUGCCCAAUCGAAACAACGUCGACAUCGAGAUCUAUGGCAUGGAAGGCAUUCCCGACGCAGACAUCAAAGAACACGAGAGAUCCAAAGAGACCAUCGAUAAGAUCCCGAACGCAUUGCCGAAUCGAAACAACGUCGACAUCGAGAUCUAUGGCAUGGAAGGCAUUCCCGACGCAGACAUCAAAGAACACGAGAGAUCCAAAGGUCUGGAGUGUAAGCCGCAGACGGAGUCGAAGCCCGAACAUUAA